GUGAAUUGCUCGCCCUCCCACGCUCUCUCACUCCAUUUACCCCAUUCACCCCAUUCAUAUCGCCCACGCCCCAUCAUGUCCCGAUUCGGCGCAAAGAAAGGCAGAAAGCUCCCCGGGGCCGAGUUCUCCUGGGAGACUGGCGACGCCGGCGGCGAGCCUGACACGGCCCCUACGCCUUUGUUCCCUAAAUACACCGUUCCCCGGGGCCGCCCCCUCACUGCCCAAGAACAACUUCAGGUCGACCUGUACCGAUCCCUCCGCGAACGCAUCCACGAUGGCCCCUACUACUCGAUCCUCGAUGGGGCGACGUCGGCCGCGAAAAAGGAUAGUGCCGCGCGGGCGAACUUCGACCCCUUCCAUGGCAUGCAGUCUUAUUCCGGAAAAUACCAGAAGAAGAAGCGGGCGUUGCCGAGGAUAUUGGGACGGCAGUACGUGAUGAAAUUCUUCCCCCGCGAACUGUGGCAGACGAUUCAGCCGACAUUCCGGCCGGAUGCGGCGAUGGACGGGUAUGUACCGCAGGUGGCGGCGAUCGCGGGCAAGAGAGGAUUCGAGGAUGACGAGGAAGAGGAAGAUGAUGAGGCCGGGAAGCGGAGGAAGACUGGUGGUGGGGAGGACGAGGAUGCGGGCGAUGAUGGGGACGACGACAAGGAUGUGCUGGAUCCGGAUGAGGAGCAGGAGGAGCAGUUGGAGGAUGAUGACUUCGAAGACGACGACGAUGAUAUGGGCGGGGACUACAACGCGGAGCAGUACUUCGAUGGUGGAGAUGACGAAUACGGGGACGAUGGAUUCGGGGAUGGUGGUGGCGGCGGUGAUGAGGAGACGUAUUAGGCGUGUGGCUUU